AUGGCUUCACCGAUGAGUACGAUCAAGGUGGCGGUUGUCUCCACCAUAAUCAUCGCUAUGACUCUGUUUGUAAAGUCUUGUGUUCCUAUCCGUGGCUCAAACCACGUCAUCAUCAAUGUCAUAAUCGUUGCAACGAUUGUAGCUUCUUUCAAGUACUUCCAGAGCACCGGUGACCAAGAUUGUGAGGUGAAGAACGUUGAAAUGGAUGGUCAUUUCGUGGCCACAUUUCCACAGCCGAUCGUCGUCACGGAUGUGGAUAGAUCGAAGGUUGUAUGUGAAGAGAAGGAGGAGGAGGAGGAGGAGACUUUUGGACGGAAAAACGGUGGAGAUGAGUUUGUGAUGUUGACAUGGAAGUUGAAUAAAUUGCCCACGAUGGUGGAAGAGUCAGAGACUAAGAAGCCGCUGGUCUCGGCAAGAUUAAGCCACCGUAAACCGGUCAAAGUGACUUCAAAAGGUAACAAAAGGAAGGCGUCGAGGGUGGUGAAACCAAAGUGGCACGAGAGCACGUGGAAGAUGAUGGUAAGGGAGGAACUUGAGUCAACGCCGUUGACUCAUCAUUCCUGGGGCCCUGAGACGCUCAGACUUGAGGCUGGGGAGCUACAACCUGUCUUGAGGGAAUCGGAGACUUUCAGGGACAUUACUAAUAAUUAUCCAAUAUCUUCCACGGUGACGCCGCCGGUGAAGAUGAAGAAUGAGACGUCGCCAAGUCUAGAGGAGCUGAAUCGAAAAUGUGAAGCUUUUAUAAAGAAGGGUAAGGAGGAGAUUGUGGAGUCGCUGCGGUUGGACAAAGAUUGCACAUAG